UUGCUGCCGGAUUUGCUAGCGCUUCCGCCGGGCACGGACCUUCACGACCAUCCUCUAGUGACCCGUGGGUCAGUGGUGCUGCAGAGCAAGGCCUCCUGCAUGCCCGCCCGCGCGCUGGCCCCGGAGCCCGGCUGGACGGUGGUGGAUUGCUGUGCGGCACCUGGCAAUAAGACCACCCACUUGGCCGCCAUCAUGAAGAAUCAGGGUCGUGUGCUCGCUUUCGACAAGGACCCCAGGCGCCUCGCCCGUUUGAAGGCCAACGCCUCGCUUGUGGGGGCCACAUCCUGUGUGGAGGCCCGGCUUGCGGACUUCCUAUCCCUGGACCCUACGGCACCCGAGUUUAAGGAGGUCCGUGGUGUGCUUCUGGACCCCUCUUGCUCCGGCUCCGGAACCACAUUCACCCGCAUGGAUCACUUGUUACCCAGCCACACAGGGCCUGCGGCCCGCGUGGCGCAGUUGGCUCGUUUCCAGUCAGCGGCGCUGUCUCACGCGCUUCGCUUUCCCUCCCUGGAGCGACUUGUAUACAGCACCUGCAGUGUGCACGUGGAAGAGAAUGAGGCGGUGGUGGCGGGGGCGCUGCAGCAGGCAGCGGAGGCGGGCCUGGAGCUGGCGGACCCCUUCCCCUCCUGGCACCGACGCGGCCUGCCGCUGUUCCCCGGGGCGGAGAAGCUGAUUCGGACGGACGCCUACCUAGACGGCACUGACGGCUUCUUCGUCGCUCUCUUUCAACGAAGACAGACGCAGGAGCCACAAGCGAUGGAGCAGCAGCAGCAAAAGCACAAAAAACAGCGAACGCAGCCGCAGCUAAAGCGGAAGUAA